UUACUGUUUUCUUAAAAUAUAUAUUUCGAAAAUUGAUUAUCGAUAUGCUUUGACUCAGUUAUGACCAUCACUUCUUCUUCAAUUUUUUAUUUUAUUUUUCUAUUGACAGUAUGUUUCGAUACUCAAAAUCAAUUAAUGGUUAGGAACUACCGUGAUGAUGAAAUAAAAGUUUUGAAUUUGACAAAAUAACAUUAGUUUUAACUUGUUUUGAAUGUUCUAUCAUACUAUUUGUGGGCAAGAAACUGGUAGUAGCAGCAGAAUCUGAAUAGGAAUGGAGUAUAUGUGCCUUUUGGUCGCCUUCUGUGCGAUUGCGAUCUUAGGGUUUGUCUUUGUAGUGUUUUUUGAAGCAUACAAGAGAAGAAACAACCAUCAACAUAUUGAAGUUCCAGCUAUUUUUGAAGAUCCUAAUUCAUUGAAACAGGUUCCUUGCCCACAUAUUGUUGAUCCAGCCACAAAGUAUAUUUCAUUGAUUAUUCCUGCAUUCAAUGAGGAGCAUAGGCUUCCAGGAGCUCUUGAUGAAACUAUGAAUUAUCUUCAACAGCGUACUUUAAAGGAUUCUUCAUUUACAUAUGAGGUAGUAAUUGUUGAUGAUGGGAGUACCGAUGAAACAAAAAGAGUAGCUUUUGAAUUUGUGAAGAAAUACACAGUAGACAAGGUAAGGGUCAUCCUUCUAGGAAGAAACCAUGGCAAAGGAGAAGCAAUCAGAAAAGGAAUGUUGCAUUCACGUGGUGAACUACUUCUCAUGCUUGAUGCCGAUGGAGCAACUAAGGUCACAGACCUAGAAAAGCUUGAAAAUCAGAUUCAUGCUGUUGCCAAAAGCGAAUAUCACCAGGGAGAUUCAAGCAAUUGUGAUCCUAGAUUUAGAAUUUCUGAUGUCCCAGUUGCUGUAUUUGGUUCAAGAGCUCAUCUAGAGGAAAAAGCUUUAGCUACAAGGAAGUGGUACCGCAAUUUUUUGAUGAAGGGCUUCCAUCUUGUGGUUCUCUUGGCUUCUGGUCCUGGAAUUCGUGACACACAGUGUGGUUUCAAGAUGUUCACAAGGGCUGCAGCUAGGAAGCUUUUUUCAAAUGUCCGCUUAAAAAGGUGGUGCUUUGAUGUUGAAUUAGUCUUUCUAUGCAAAAGGUUUAAGAUCCCAAUUUCGGAAGUUUCUGUGAAUUGGUCUGAGAUUCCAGGAUCCAAGGUCAAUCUUCUGAGUAUACCUAACAUGCUUUGGGAGCUUGUGCUCAUGUCUGUGGGGUACAGGACCGGUAUGUGGAGAAUUUCUAAUUCUACUUGAGCUACCAUGAUCAAGAAAGGGAACAUUUUCCUAUCAAACGAAGAGUCAUCUGUUGCUCGAGGGAACAUGUACUCUCAUACCGGACUCAGGGGACAAUAACGUGAUAUUAAAAGUUUUUGGGACUGACCACAACCUUCCAGUUAUGCCGUUGAGUUUUGGGACAUGGAGGCCUUCUGCUUCUUUGUUUUUCUAGUUUUGCGAUUUGUACUAGGUAAAAAUAUACUCAACUAAUUAUUCUGUUACUUUUGACUGGGAAUAGUUUUUAAUCACACACAUUGGUUGUAUUUUUCUUA